AUGCAUCAUUCUUACUCCUUGGCACCCUGUGCCCCAAGAGGCGGGUGCUCUCAGUAUUUCCGGGUGAAGGACGGCUGCAGGGACAGUGCCCGGCCCCCUGCAGAGGGGCGGCCUGGGUCAUCUCAGCCCCCUCCCGGGAUGCCUAGCCUGCUCUCCCUCCCGGGCAGGACCCCCAGGACAGCAGGGCGGGGCAGGGCGGGGCGGGUGAUGGAUGAAAGGGCUCGGGGCUCACACAGCCCUGAAGGACUGCGGAGGGGGCGGUGGGAGCGGGCCUCGGCCGGCCCGAGCGGCUGGCAGAAGGGGCUGCGCGCCCCCACCCCGGCCCGGGAGCACUUACCCUGCGCUCCGCCCGCGGCCACCGCAGCGACUGGAGUGGUGGCGGGUCCCGGCCGCCCGCCCCGCCCCGGCCCGGCCCCUUCCCGCCCCUCCCGCCCCGCGCGUCCUCCCACUAACCCUGUCUGCUUCGCCCGCUGCAUCGCUGGGCCUCUGUCUCAGCUGUCUGUGUGUCUGUCCCCCGUCCUUGUUCUUGCCUGCCUCUCUGUCACCCUCCCCUUCUCAGCAGCCCCAGGUGGACAAAGGUCCGGCCUGUGGACGCGCAUCAGGAGAAUCCGCGCGGACAGCAGCCGGGCAGGGCCGGGAGGAGGGAGCCGCUUCCUUCCUCCCGCUGGGGUGAGGCCACGGCGGCGGCCUGGCUCCCGGCCCCGGCGCCCACCGCUCUCUCCAGGCACGCCCUGCCUGAGGCUCCCGGUUCCUUCGCGGAGGCUCCGAGUGGCACAGUGUCUGCCGGGGGUGGGUGGCUGGGCAGAUCGCCCCAAGGGGGCGGCCACCCUUAAGGCCCUCAGGGCUCCCCUGAAUUGGGGGCUGAGGUGGAGGGACUCUUGUGAUGACACUGGGCCCCCCCAUAUAACCCAGGGGAAUCUCCUCAUCCCGGGAUCCUUGACGUGAUCACCCUGGCAAUAUCCUUUUUGCCACAUAAGGUAAGACAUCGUCGGAGCCCUUAUUCCGCUUUCCCCAGGAGUUCUGUUUCCAGGAGCUGCCCCUGAGCGCUCUCCCGGCCCCUGCCCCUCCUCCUCCUGGCAGCAGGCUUCCUUAAAACACCUCGGUCUGAUCUCUUGCUUCUUAGUUGUGUUUUGUUAUCAGGACAGUCCAUCGCAGUCCCUAAGGCAUAGUCUGCUCCAUUUUAAACUUCAGUCUUAGAUUUCAUUAAAAACUCUCCUCCUCCACCCACCGCCAGCCAAGCAGAGUGGAGGGGAAAUGAGGCCCGCUCCUGCCACCCCCUCCUCUGCAUUCACUGCCCUAGGGUGGGGGAGGGAAGAGGGCAUGGGAACAGGGAUCCCCUCACCCAACUGCCCACCUCUGCGAAUCUGAACAAUGGUCCUGCCUGUGGUAUGGGCUCCAUACAGGCAGAAGGGGGCCUCCACACCACAGGAGUUGGCUCUACAAACACAGGGCUCAAUUGCUAGCCAUCCCUGGGCCCUCUGCCUGAGCCCCCGGUGGAGGCAUUACUCAGUAUUUUUCCUGUGUGCUUACCUCUUUACCCAACACUGCAGUGGACCUGGGAAAGCCUGCAGCUCCCAGCCUUACUUAGGCCCUGCGCCAGGGCCACCAGCAGGCACCCAUUUCCUUACCCUUUGGGAACCAGGAUCUUGAAGGAACAGAUCAGCACAUCUGGAGGAUUUAGUAAUGUUGUGAAAUCCCUCUACUACCUUGUCUUCUCAGUGGCCAGGAAAAGACUCAGGUUUUGUUGUAUCUUUAUCCCUAGCAUCCAGCAAUGAGUCUGUCAUGUAAUACUGAAUACACUUAUAAAAUAAUUAAUUAAAUUAACAUAUGCAUAAAUUAAUAAAUGAGUACAGAGCAUAAUAAUAAGAUAAGGAUGCCCACCUAACACUGCUAUUGUUCAACCCGGUACUGGCAACUCUAACCAAUGCAGUAAUCAAGAAAAGAAACA